AUGGACCAAUCUAACCCUAAAACACUGCAGAACCAAAUCUUUUCCAUGGAAGAUCCUUUUCUCACUCCUUUCCGGUGAAACUUUUCCCUAGAAAAACCCUUUUUUCACUCCUUUCCAGGAAACCUUUUUCUUGGCAAUUCAAUUCUCUUGCCCAAAGGUUCACCAAUCUUCUCCACAUCGAAACGCCAAAACUUGCACGAAACGUGUCUCCUUCUUCUUAAAUGGACUUUGGUGCUUGACAGAGAGCAAAACCAAACCAUAUAUGGCAGAAAACUUUUGCAAUUAUGAGUGCCGUCUCAAAUACUUUCUUUUUUGUCACGAAAUGCGUCAUCGAUUCCCCCAAAGAGCGCACCAUUCCCUGAUUUUCCUUCCCAAUAUAGCCGUUACCUACCUCUGAAUCACUCCGGUCCCCAAGGCUCUAAAUUCUAGUAUAAUUCAUUCCACGAUUCCCCAGAGAAACUCUUUCUUCCACUAUGCGCCAUGCACCUCAGUACGCCCCUUCACCUCUUCUUCUACCCCCUUCUCCAACACCCGCCUUAAACGGCUCGGCAGCCGCUGCCGCCGCCGCCGCCGCCGCCUCCGCCGACCAAAAAAUGCUGGUCUCUGUUUUUCUAGCCCUGUUCUUACCCUGCGUAGGCAUGAGCGCUGUUUUUGUUGUUUACAUUUGUUUACUAUGGUUCGCUACGAAUUACGAUCAGACCGAUGCCGGGGGGACGGUGAAGCAGGCGACGGAAAAAGGUUUGUCGCUAGCGGAGCUCGAGAAGCUGCCUAAGGUCACUGGAAAGGAACUAGUGAUGGGGACCGAGUGUGCGGUGUGUCUUGAAGAGAUUGAGGACGAGCAACCGGCGAGAAUGGUACCCGGAUGCAACCAUGGGUUCCAUCUGCAAUGCGCUGAUACUUGGCUUUCUAAGCACCCUGUUUGCCCUGUUUGCAGAGCUAAGCUCGAACCUCAGUUCUUUAAUGGUACCUCUGAAAAUCCCUGUUGAAGAAGAAAGAAGAUCAGGUAAGUAUGGACGAAGUUGAAGAACUUAAAAAAUGUAGUGUCUGCUUGUAUUUUGAAUUGAUGAUCAGGAUUUUUGCAGACACGGCAAACAGAUGAUGUUCGUGAAUUUCCAUCGAUGCUUGGUUGUAUGUGCUUUUCUGGUUUUAUUAAUUCUAUCGUAAUUUGUUAAAUGUUUGUUUUUUAAUGUAGAAAUUGUUACGUAGUAGAUGUUUAGUAUAAUUAUUUCCAUAGC